GUGUGUGUGUGUGUGUGUGUGUGUGAUCUGUAUGAGCUCUACAUCAAAAGUAUUCUGAAAGAAAGAUAGAAGAAACAGGUAUAUAUGGAAGUAGCUAAGGUACUACACAUGAAUGGAGGCGUUGGAGAAACCAGCUAUGCAAACAACUCCUUAGUUCAGCGAAAGGUAAUAUAUUUGACAAAACCUUUGAGAGAUGAAGCCAUAACCAGCAUGUACAACAACACACUCUCCAAAAGCUUGACAAUUGCAGACUUAGGUUGCUCUUCUGGAUCAAACACUUUGUUGGUGAUCUUAGAUAUUAUCAAAGUUGUGGAAAAGCUUUGUCGAAAACUUAAUCAUAAAUCUCCCGAAUAUAUGAUAUAUUUGAACGAUCUACCGGGAAAUGACUUCAACACCAUAUUUAAGUCCCUUGACAUUUUCAAAGAAAAACUACUUGAUGAAAUGGGGACUGAAAUGGGUCCAUGCUUCUUCUCAGGAGUUCCUGGUUCCUUUCAUGGUAGAAUUUUUCCUCUUCAAAGUUUGCAUUUUGUUCAUUCCUCUUAUAGCCUUCAUUGGUUAUCUAAGGUUCCUGAGGGUGCAGACAACAACAAGGGCAACAUUUAUAUAUCCAGCACAAGCCCCUUGAAUGUCGUCAAGGCUUACUACAAGCAAUUCCAAAUAGAUUUCUCUCUUUUUCUCAAGUGUCGUGCCGAAGAAAUAGUUGAAGGGGGUUGCAUGAUUAUAACAUUUGUAGGAAGAAAAAGCGACAAUCCAACAAGCAAGGAGUGUUGUUACAUUUGGGAACUUUUGGCUAUGGCUCUUAAUGACAUGGUCUUGGAGGGAAUCAUAAAAGAAGAGAAACUCAAUACUUUCAACAUUCCUAUAUAUUAUCCAUCUCCAUCUGAAGUGAAAUUGGAAGUUAUUACUGAAGGAUCAUUUGUCAUGAAUCAACUCGAGAUAUCUGAAGUGAAUUGGAAUGCUCGUGAUGAUUUUGAAUCUGAAUCAUUCGGAGAUGAUGGAUACAAUGUGGCACAAUGCAUGAGAGCUUUGGCUGAACCUUUGCUAGUCAGUCAUUUUGGUGAAGGUGUUGUUAAAGAGAUUUUUAACCGCUAUAAAAAAUAUUUAACCGAUCGAAACUCUAAAGGGAGAACUAAGUUCAUCAAUAUCACCAUAUUAUUGGCUAAAAGAUCAUGAGCAAGAACAUUUUUGGUUCAAAAUAUUCAAAGUUAUAAGGCUAGUUAGCAUUAUCUUCCUAGCUAGUAUUUAGUUAGAAAAUGUUAUGAUGAAAAAAAAUAUAGGAAUAAAAACGUAGAUGUCACUACUCACUAGUUGUGAUAUAUGCUCUUGAUUGUAAGAUAAAAUUAUGUAUCCCUAGUGUAGAAAUUGAAUUUUAAGUUAGUUUUUAAAUCCCUUUUAAGUCGGUUUUGAACUAACUUAAAGACGUUUUGUCUUAGUAUACGGUUUAUGACAAUUUAAAAAUCAUCUUCAGAUUAAA